AUGCCUAACUAUCAUUGCUGUGUUCCUAGAUGCGAAAAUGAUUCAAGAUAUCAAAGUAACUUGUCAUUUCACUGUUUUCCGAAGAAUGAGGCAACCAGAAAGGUGUGGAUUGCAAAAAUUCGAAGAGACCCCGGACGUGCUUUCAGCAUUACAAACCACGCGGUCGUGUGCUCGGCCCAUUUUAGGCUGAAAGAGUUGAAGACGUCUCAAGCAGGAAAGAGAUCACUGAAAAGUGGUGCUGUACCCACAAUUUUUUCAUGGCAGGAAGAAAAAACGAAAAGGAAGUCUCCACAGAAGAGGAAACUUUUGGUGAAGACGGACUAUGGAGCUGUCCGUUACGAAGAAAACGAAGCCACCGCUGCGGCCUGCUCAGAGGGUGAUGAUCGGACAGAGGAGCAACUUUCCCUGGAGGAAAAACACGAAAAAGCUUUGAAGAGAGUUCAGGAACUUACAAAAGAGGUCGAAAAACUGAAAAUGGAACGAUUUGGACUUUAUAGAUAUGCAGCUAAUGAUGCAAUGAUUUGCUUUUAUACUGGCUUCCAAAGUAACCAGUUGUUGAGACAGUUUAUUCUUGUCAUUCGCCCAACUGCCCUUAAGAUGACAACUUGGCAGCAAGUCCAGAGACAAAGGUUAUCUGGCAAGGCAGUUACAAAGAGCACUGAUUUUUCGCAACAUGCAUCAUGUUUAGAAGAUCAGCUGUUUCUUUUCCUCUGUAAACUGAGGCUUGGCUCAUUUAAUCAAGAACUUGCAGACCGUUUUAACACCUCAACAUCUACUGUGAGUAGGUACAUUAUAACUUGGGCCAAUUACUUACACUUCUUUCUUGGGGCAAUACCAAUUUGGCCUUCAAGAAAAAAGAUUGAUCAGCAUGUGCCAACCUUUUUCAAAGAGCAAUAUCCUGCUACAAGAGUUAUUUUGGACUGUAGUGAAAUCAGAUCACAAUCUCCAUCAAGUCUGGUCCUACAGUCGGAAUUAUAUUCCAAUUACAAGGGCCACACAACUUACAAAGGGUUAAUUGCAAUAUCCCCAACAGGGGCUGUGACCUUUGUUUCACAUUUAUACACUGGAGGAAUUUCAGACAAGGAAAUUACUUCUGUGAGUGGAAUUUUACAUUUGUUGGAGGAAAAUGACUCUGUCAUGGCUGACAAAGGCUUUGAGAUAGAAGAUCUUUUGGUUAAAUACAAGGCAACUCUAAAUAUUCCACCAUUCAUGAACCCUACAGGGCAGUUUUCAAGUGAUGAGGUGGAGAAAACUCAGUCAAUUGCAAGGUUGCGUAUUCAUGUGGAAAGGGCUAUAAGGAGAGUGAAGGAAAAUCAUCUUUUUGACAAGGUUCUACCUUUAAAUAUAGCAGGGACAACAAACCAACUCUGGACAAUUGCAUGUCUGCUUACAAACUUUAGAGGGGACUUGUUUUGAAAAAGCAUUUUUAUAGUCAUGUUCCUAUAUCAACAUAAAAUUAAGAGCACUACAGUAAUAACCUUAAAAUUAAAAUUUUUUCAAUUUAAAUUUUUGUUAACAAUGGCUGGCAAAAAGUAUUCAAAGUAAAAUUUAUCAACUUUUGAUAUAACAUUUAAAAAAGUUGUUUCAUCAAAGUGAAUUCUUUCAACAAAGUGGUCUUCUGGGCACCAACCAUAAAAUCACACCACUUCAGGCCCGUUAUCCCAAGCUGACCAAUUACUUGGUAGUAGUACUCAUGACAAUCAUUGAGGUGUAUCUUGCCAUCCUUUUUUUUCAGGUAUGGUACUUCUGUGAUUGUUUGUUUAUCAGGGCACUUUAUUUCAAGAAGACCGAAACAUGGGUCUUCAGCUGGAUCAUAUACUUUAUAAUGAGGUGAAGUCCCUAAGUAUGGUAUUCCCCAGUUUAUACAAAAACCAGCUCUGUAGAGAUUGACUCCCCUGUUAUUCAUAUAUGCAGAAGCAGCCAUUUUCUCUCACAAGCAAUGCCUCUUCUCAUCGCAGCUGUUUGUAUAUUUUUUGUACUUACUAAAUCCAAAGCAAGUUUUGCAAAAUUAUCACGACGUGAAACAAUCCGUUUGAACUUAGUUGAUGUUAUUCUACUGCAUCUCAUUUCAUGCCAUAAAGGAGUAACUGAUUGCUCUCUGGUCUCAUUUUCAAUUGAAAUAGCUUCCUCUUCGGUCACAAUGUUCUUUUCAAAAAUUUCUAUGCUAUUUCUGUCAAACACAGUCGAGUAGACUCUACUUAGAGAAUACAACGGAAUGGCUGGGAAGGUAGGUGUAUCUUUAAGCUUGCAAAAGUUGUCAACUUCCUUCAGUGGAAAAUGGUAACUGAUAACUGAGCCUUUGGGUAGCAUUCCAUAAGAAGAUGAAACUAGGUUAUCUUCCUGAUCUGCAUCCAGAAUGUAGGAAAACUGUGUUUUUGGGCCACUUGCAAAGGAUUUUUUAAAGUCUGCAAUAAAUUUUUUUGCAGAAUAAUCUUCAUCUUGCAAAGGGUUAUACACAGUGGGCUCAAUGCAUAUGGAGUUGUCUCUUUCUUUUGUCCUCUUGUCUUCAAUUUUAUCUCCUAAAAAUGAAAUUUAAUUUCAUCACUUUCAAAGCUUUAAAAGACUCAAAUUUGAAGAAACAGAUUUGAGCACACAAAGGUUACUUCCUUUAAGCAGUAAAACAGGUUGGGUUGUUGAUUAAAAUUGCCCUAACAUUUAACAGAGUCCUAGAAAUUAAAAGAGAUAAACAAUAAAUAAAUCCUAGAUUCAUAUUAAACUUGAAAAAUAUAUAAAAGAAUUGAUACAGAAAAUUUAGACUCUUGUCUUUGGGGAGCUAGUUCUCUAAAAUAAACCCAGCUGGAUAGCAAAAAGUAAUCCAGCAUGACAAACAGGCUUUGAAAGAAUUUAAGGACCUAUUUGCAAGUUGAAAUAAAAUUAAUCAUACACAAAAUAAAACAAACCAUUUGACUGAAGUUUCUUCUUUGCAAAUUUCACAGGCUUUUGAAUCUGCAGAGAAGAAAUUGGCUCAGGAUUUAUAUCUUUCGUUCUUGGCUUGUGCCAAGUUUGAGGUAAUGAUGUUUUGGAAACAUUAUUUGGCAAAACCUGCAAUGUAUAAAAAAAUAAUCUAAAGGUACUUGAGAGCAAGAAGAAAUAUGUAUCACAAAGCUAAAAAAGAAGACAUUAUUGCAGAUUUUGUUUCAUAAACAUGUACAGAUUAAUACUAAAUUCAUGUUUUGCAUUAAAGCAACUUUAAAGUAUUAUGCUCUAAAACAUAGCUUGAUAAAAAAUAUUUUUGACUAAUUGAAGUUGUGAGCCAAGGAACGAAAAUAACAAAUUGAUUAAAACCAAGGGAAAGGUAGGAACACAAUCAUUUACACGGAGAAUAAGAUCUACAUGCACCUUAGAGUGAACAGCCAAAAGACCCACCCAAAUGUUAACUAAACAUGGAAACAUACCUUUAAUCCUAGGGAUUUGUAGUGGACAAUCUGGAACAAAAAGGCAGACUUGUGAUUGCAAACCCCUUGCAUGUGCAACUUAAUGCGUCUACAUGCACUUUCCCGGCAUCUGAGGAAAGGAGAACAGCCAAAGAAUGCGGUUUUUCACUUUUUCUCAUCGAAUGGUAGCACUUGCUCACUAUUUUGCAUUGCGUGAUUUCGGUUGUUUCAUUGAUUCUUUUCACUGAAACAUAAAGAAAAAGAUGUCAAGAAACUGUAACUCAUACUACAGAGAGGUAAAUAAUCAAAAUAUAAAUGAAUCAAUGUAGUAAAUUGUACAAUAGUAUUGAUACCAACCCUUUAUGUUGUGGAUGUAUCCUUCCGUAAAGAAUUGGUACCCUCUCUCUUUGAUUUUCUGUGGUACCUUCCCUAAAAAUUUAUACACAUCCUCAUAUGAAAUGUUAGGCACGGACACAAGACUUCUAGUCCACGACGACUGCGAGCCCGAAGCACUUUGCUGCUCAGCAACAUCACAGAAUAGAAAUGACCAGAAGGGUCACUCGUGUCGGCAUCCUUUGUUGCAAGUUCACUCGAUUUUUUCUGGCGCCGCGCUGUCUGUACAUACAGUUCUCGUUUUCAACCGUCAUGAAAGGAGGCUAGUAGUCUAGGAUGUUGCACAAUCGAAGGCGUGUUGAAGCAAAUUUCAAAACAAGCUCCCUUGAAUAUCACUGGGGCUGCACUUCAUACCAUCAUGAAGCAAAAGGAGAGUGAAUAAAAUCACAGAGGCGCUUAGUUCGUUAUGAAUCGUGAGUUUGGAAACAACAUUUAAAUUCCCUGUUAGCUAAUAAUCAAUACUACAGACUUCCUACUACAGUUGUGAGAUGCGAGACCACCAUUGAUAGCAGUAUUUUCCGGUUAUAAAGCAAUAUAUACAGGGCAAGAUACUAGUUUAAUUCUGGUUCAGAUCGUUGAAUUUGGUUUCCUAGUCCCAUCUCACAUUAUUGUGUUGUUUUUCAUUGAUGUGCUUUGUUCGUGCUUAUUGUUUGACAUACUAUCCUCGUUUUGGUGACGCAUGCGCGAAAAAACUCACGCUGAAUCGAUUGGCAAAGAGUGACCCUUCUGGUCAUUUCUAUUCUGUGGCAACAUGCUGUUUUUCUUGUUCUUCUGGUGCUUGAUUAUCACGAUCCGCCAUUGUAUCUGAAGCUCGAAAGAUUUCUUGCCCUGGUGGCCUUGUUUUCAUAGUAAGCGGCGCAAGGGUGAGAUGGGUGUAUUAGACAUUCAACAAUUAGAAAUACAAUGAACACAAUAUUCCAAUGUUCUGCUUACUAUAUGUUGGUGGAACAGCUACUUCUUUGACUACUUCUUCUCCAAGCUUGAAUUUUGGGUACACAACAUUGUAUUGAAGUGAACCAUCUUGCAAUUGGUUUUGCUGUCUCAAAACAUUCUCAUUGAAAUGACAAAUGGCAAGAAUAUGCCUGAAAUGACAAAUGACAAGCUAUCAAAUUAGAUAUUUCACUGAAAUUCAAAGAAUCAUAUGACUCAAAAGUAAAUACAUAUGAAGAAAUAGAAGAAUACACAGAAGAACAAUUUUUGUAAAUAUGUUAAAAUAUCCAGCUCUGUUUUAGGUAGAUUAUUAGGUAAUGCAUUCUUGAAUGAUUUUUUCCUUGAAUGACAAUGAAAAGUUGAAAAAAUUGAUAGAGACUUUGAAAUUUAUGAGGAAUAGUUGACAUAUUUCAUUAAUACCUGCACUUUGUACCAAGCCAAGAAAAGUGUACCAUUUUUGGGUGCGAUUGGUUUAAGAGGGAAUGAAAUGCUUCCAGACAGCUGGUUUGUGCAUCACUUGAAAGUUUGCGUACAUCCUCAAUUACUUGAUGGUUCAGAAUGAUUGUUUUCAGACGGUCAUAUGGCUGAGUUCCUGUGGAGAAUUAGAAAAUAUUUGGUGAAUGUUGUAUAAAUUUCAUUUAUUUGCAAUAUGAUUAAUUAACUAGUGUGUGCAUAAAACACUUAGAAGUUCCUUUAAUUAAAAUUAAACAUUCGAAGAACCUUUUCAAAAAAGAGAUGUUUGCAAAAAAGAUUAAUAUAUAAACAUACCAACAUAAAUCCAAUCCCGUGCCUCUAGUUCAUCAUGAGCACAUUCCUUGUAGAUUUCAUUAGGAUGAUUAUCAUGCUUGUCAGCAACAUGCCUGAUCAAAGACGUCCACUUUGCGACAAUGAGAUUACCAAAGCCUUGCUGUGUUGAAGUGGCCGACCAGUACAGGUGCUUCUUUAUUGCCUUCAUCCAACGUAAUAAAAUUUCGUUUCCUUUCUCCUGUCCCACAGUUCUAAUCUUCUUAGAAAUGCCUUUGCAGACAUGCCAAAGAUCAUAGAAAUGUGUUGUUUGUGGUUCACAUUCACGAAUCCAUUUGGCAAUGGUUCUGUGGCGGUCACUGACAAAUAUGGAUAUGUUUAAAUUGUUAUCCUUAAUAAACUUGAAUGCACGCUGUGCCCCAAUGCCUCCAUGUUGUUACUACUACCAGCUUGGUUUGACUGGAAAUAAAUAGGAUUCAAACUUAAUUAUUCUUAUCAACUUCAUUAAAAAGUGGUGACAGCUAAAUCUUAGAAUUUUAUCAUUAUACCACAUUUAAAAUAUAAAUGGAUGCAAAUGAGAAAUAUAUAUGCAUGGGGCUGAAAUUGUGGCACAGAUAAAUUUUUUUAAUGAAUAAUCAUUUGCCAAAUGUUUACUGUCAUUCUUAGAGUUUUAAUUUAACUACUUAAUUAAAGCAUUUUAGAAAAAAAACUAGGUAGAAUGACAAUGGCUGGUUUGUACAAACCUGUAACAGUUCAAAAUGGACCAAUUUUGAGAUGCUAUUGCAAAACAUAGUAUACGUUCCAUAUUUGGCAUUAUGUCCCAUGGAAUCAAAUCGUUCAUCACCUGACCAUGUCACGUCGUUAAGAUUUUGCAAUCUUUUGAUCAGAUCACUUUGGUACUUUUUCCAUUGCAUGAUAACAGAAGAAAACAGCAACUUGCUCUGAUGGUAAAAGUAUGUCCUUGGAGAAAUGGCAGAUAAACCCAUAUGCUUGAAGUAUUUGGCUUAUUUGAACUUCAGACAUGAGAAUACCAAAGCUCAUCAUCACAUUUCUCGCAGGAUCCUUCCCAAAAAUAAAUGGUUGGCUGUCCAAUUUGUAAACCUUGCUACAGGUAAGACAGUCCUGCACAACUGUUACCAUUGAGCCUCUUGCCAGCACUUGAACUUUUGGUUGUUCAUGUUUGCAAUUAAAACAGAAUAGGCUGAAUAUCUGCACAAGCAUGCUGUAGAAAACAACAAAUUUUGUCACUGCCCCAAUAUUCAUCCUCAGGCCCUGUGUCACUGUCAACCCUAGAAUAAAAAUAUCAUCAAAUUAUCUUCUACCCUGUUUUUAGACAACAAUUGUAGUUCAUUGCUGAUAUGAUAAAUGGAAAAUUAGAUAUAAACUGAAAGGAAAGUGAAUCUUGGGAAGUUAAUCUACUUACCAAACUUUGUUAUUUUUUGAUUCAUCAAACUCUUUAUCAUCAUCAGUAUCAUCAACAUCCGAAUCAUUCUCAUCAUCUGUAGAAAGAGCUGAAGUUUCUAAGGCCCAGGUUAAACGUCGUGCUUCUCAUGCGCCGAACCUAAUUGCUGAAUUAAGUACAUGAGAAGCUAGACGUUUAACUUAAUUAAGUUCGACAGAAUCGAUUAAGUUCGACAGAACGUCUCUGGCUCGACUUGUUCUGCCGUGCCGCACG